AUGAAAAAAAAUUGUGGUUAUUUAUAGAUUGAUCAUAUAGAUAUUAAUUAACAUAGAAAUUAGAGGAAAAAGAAAAUUUGUAAAAAUUUAAUUUUUAGAAACUUUUCAAUUCACAUAAUUUUUAGAGAGGAAAAAAGGAAGAAAGAAAGAAAUAAAUAAAUGCACAUAAUUUUCUAGCUGAUUUUAGCUUUAAAUUAUAUUUUUUAAUAUAAUUGCAAUAACUUGACUCCUAUAUAAAUUUCUAGCUAAAUCUAUUAUAUAACUGACACUAAUUCUAUUUUUUAUAGAGGUACAGAUAAUAUAGUUAAAAUAAGUAUGUUAGAUACCUAAGGAAGGGUAACUUCUACUUACAAUUUAAUAGGUUUGAAUUUUAAAAUCGCUAAUUUAGUCAGAUUAUUUACAACAGAUUAGUAAAAAAAUAUAGUAUACGCAUGUGAAUAAAAUUAAAAAUACUACUACAUUAUAGACUUUAACAAAAUGUAGAAUGGUUCACCUAGCUUUUUUACUUAAAAUUAUUACCCUCAGCUAGUCUUUCCUUGCUCAAAUUUUAUAGUCUAGAAGCUAGUAAAUAUUAAUUUUAAAAUAUUUUUCAAACAAACAAACUGA